GCCAAUCGAAUUCAGUCGAUUGCUUUGGAUUGUUCGGCACGGUUGGUACGUUUGGCACCUUGGAGUGUUACGGCGAUUGUUCAAACUUCGGGAUAGUUCGUGGAUUAAGUGUAAUAUGCGCCUCGGAUGAUGGGUACUGGGAAAGUGAAUGAGUCUAGUCGGACAUGGCGGAUCCGGAAAACGAUUAUCAGUGGGAUAUGCAUGUGGCUUUUGAUCGGGAUUGAAACUGCAAGUGCUCAAGAAUGCUCGUCAGCCACCUUUAACUUCAACGCAGCGUCAAUAUUAAUAGGAAGCAUCUCAGCCACAGCCGUUGGCACUGAAAUAGCCAAUUACGCAGUUAGCAAUGUCGAAAGUGUCUCAACAUCGAAGCUACAAGGGUACAACCUGUAUCUUAACGCGGAGCUGGAUACCUCAGGACAGUCCACGAGGCUGGUUAUUAAAACGCUCGAAUCGUUCAAGGACUUUUUGCUGACGGAAACUAUGCCUGAACUCAGAGCUCAGCUGGAUUUCGCGUGCUCUGAGGGCACAAGGGCAAUUCGAAUUCAGGUGGAAAUACGGGAGGAGAAUCUACAUGCGCCGAUUUUCAUACCAGACGUGUACAACAUUCAGCUUCCACUGCCGUUACCCAAGGAGUUCGAUCUGACUCAGUUCGUGAACAAUGGUAGAGGAAUAAUUGCCUACGACUACGAUUUGACCGGAAAUGAGGUGGACUUUGCAAUCGAAGCCAACGCUUACUUCCUGGUUGAAAGGGUAACGGGAUCAUCCGAGAAGGAAUCCAUAGCUAAACUUCGAACCACGCAAACUCUGACACGUCUGGAGGAACUCGAUUUGCAAAUUACCGGAACUGAUCGGGGAAACUCACCAAAGUCGGGUGUUGCACAACUGAAGAUUUCCGGAAAUCCCCUGAUACCGUACAUUGAAACUCCGCGGUUUGAGAAGUCGCUGUAUCUGAGCACGUACAAACGAACGGAGGCUUUUGUACCGGUUGAAGUGGUGCUCAAUGCCGGAACAUUCGACGAUUCCGUCAGUUUUGAGCUAAGUGGAGACAAUGUUGAUCUGUUCGAUAUAACCGGAAAAACAGAUCACAGCGGAGCAUCCGUUACGCUGAAGACGGGCGCAGUAAUUGAAGAGACGAUGAGCUUUUUGACGGUUUCGGUAACUGCCAGCAGAGAGGGUGCCGAUUUGAACGGUAGAACUGCAAUCGUGGUGGAAGUGGAGCCAGAAGUGAAAAUUCUGCCAGCUUUUGAACAGCCCAUCUAUAGCGGGACUGUCGGUCAGGAGGGGGUGAUCACCCUUGCGGAGGAAAUAAAAUUGAUUGCCGGAACGAUUGCUGAUGGAGUACAGGUUACGCUAGAGGGAGAAGAUGCAGAGUUUUUUGAGUUGUCGAGAAAUGCAGCAACCGUAUCGCUGACAGCAUCCGAGAAAUUGACGGACGAAGUAUUGGAUGUGAAGUUUUAUUUCCAUGUAACGGUUAAGGCUACCAAAGCUGGAAUCGGAAGCAGUGUCGCCAUAGUUGUGAUGGAAGUGCUAAAGGAGGAUGUAAUCGUUCCCAAGUUUGAACAACUGUAUUAUGAAGGAACGCUUACUGAGGAAGGAAGUGCAACGAUUCCAGAAAUUCGGAUUAUGGCAGGCACUUUUGUUGAUGGGUUGGUGUUCAUGAGGGCGGGCGAAGCUGAUCUUUUCCGUGUAUCUCAAGACGGAAACAAACUCAAUCUUAUUCCGAAUGGCAUCACUGAAGAAAAACUACGCGAGAAAUUUUAUCUCAUAGAAAAAAUCAGCGCAGUGGUAGAUGACCAAGUAGCUGCGGAAACGAUAGUCAUCAUCAAAAUAGUUAGGUCUGAAGUCAUAACCCCAAAAUUUGAAACCAACCUUGUUGAAGGACAACUUACUGAACGAAAUCUACAGCUCACUCCAUUGAAAGUCGUUGUAGACUCUGAUACUCAUAACGCCGCAACCGAUGUGAUUCUAAAGGACUCUAACAACCUACUUGUUUUGACUCAAUCCUCGACCACAAACGAGUACACUAUUAGUCUACGAAGUGGUGUACAGCUACCCUCCAGUACCCAUAUCACUGCUUUCGUUGAAGCCACCAAUCCCAAGUCAGCAACAGUGUCUUGCUUCGUACUGAUAGAAAUCAUUCGCGAACCGCUGAUUGCACCAGAAUUUGAAGAAACUCUCUACGAGGGGUCCAUCAACGCUAACGGUGUCCUCCAAGAACUAAAAAUAAGGCUAAAACCGGAAACGUACGACGACUCAGUUGAGUUCAGUUUACAGGACACCGAUGCAGAACUGUUCCAAUGGAACAAACUGGACAACAACGAUGUUCACAUAACACUGAAAGAAUCGACGUCCGAAGAUGAUCUGAAGAACCGCAACAAUCUGCGCUUCAGUGUUCGAGCAGUUAAAUCUACGCUGGAAACAGCUGUCUCAGUUGUAGUGUUCAUCGAAGCAGCUGAAAUCCAGCAGCCACGUUUUGAAAAAGCAUUGUACAAAUCGAGCAUUCGUCCAGAUCUAACCUUAACUCCGUUUGAGACAAUACAGUUGGAAGAUGGCACUGGAUCCGAAGGGCUGGAAGUUCAAAUUCUACAAAGUAAUUCGGACCUUUUCACAGCUCAAUUCAAUCAGGACAAUCGAAUAACGAUCAGCUUGCGAAGAGCUUUGACUUCACAAGACUUGGAAGGAUUUGAGAGGUUCGAAUUUGUAAUUGAAGUGACCAAUCCAGGAGUAGGAUCUGCCUCGGCUACGAUUAUGAUUGACAUUGAACGGAGUCCCAUAGUAGUUCCGGAGUUCACCCAGGUUUCCUAUCAUGGAACACUUCAAGAGGGCUCUCAUGAGAUCAUCUUCACGGAGAAGAUCGUCCUUAAAGCUGGCUCUAUUACCAGUGGCGUUGUAUACACGCUUUUGGACGAUGAUGCUUCUUUGGUUGAACUCUCGUUCAACGAGGACGGUAGCUUGAAGUUUACCUUGAAAUCUGAGAUUACUGUGGAUCAGCUUAAGAGUAAACACCAAAUCAAUUUUGUUGUACAAGCCGUCAAUCCUGGGAGCACAGCUGCAUCCUCAAGCAUGGUGAUUCAAAUCAUUCGUCCGAUACGAGCUGUUUUCAUAAAGUCUUCUUACAGCGGAGUCCUCACCGAAGGUCAACCACUUGUUGAACUCUCGGAUGAGAUUGAACUCUUGGAUGGAACUAUGACGGAUGCUACUGACUUCAAGCUGGUGGAAGGAGAUUCGAAUUUAUUCCAAGUUUCGAUCAACUCUGAAAAGAUCAUCCAGAUCUCACUUAGAUCGAACAUACUUUGGAAUCAGAUUAGACCUCAUUCGUACCUAACUUUCAAACUGUUCGCUACAAAUCCUGGGGCCGAAUCAAGUUCAACAACCAUCAUUGUAAACGUUGUCAAUCUUCCCAUACCAACUCCAGCCUUCACAAAAACCUUAUAUCGCGGCUCGCUGCAGAAGGGUGUUCGCGAGGUUGCUUUCUCUGCCGGAGAAGUGAUCACCAUACAGCCAGAAACCAUCACAUCCACCUUCUCCUACCGCAUUAUCGAUGACGACGAUGCAGCCCUGUUUGACAUAACCCGCGAAGAGAACAAAUUCAAGGCGUCGCUGAAAUCAACCGUCGGUGAGGAAGUUAUCGAGGGGCGUGAUCUGCUCAGCUUUACGAUCGAGGUCAACAACGAGUUCAGUAAAGCGGAUCGUGCCGUCGUUAUCGUGAACAUUCAGCUGGAUGAGAUCGUGACUCCGGCGUUUUCGAACGCACUCUACCGAGGAUCGAUCAAGGAGCGGACUACUGCAGUGUCUCUUCCAACGGUGAUCAGUUUUGUGUCGGGAACAGCUAGCAGCAAUACCGAGUUAGGAUUAGUGGACGGCGAGGCUGACUGGUUUUCUGCGGUCUACGAAAACUCACGGGUGACGAUCGUCGUGAAGAGUGAGAGUGCGAUCAACUGGGAUGAGAUUAUGGAUCGCAGUUUCUUGAGCUUCGCACUGCAAGCUACCAAUCCGGGAAGCUCGGCUGCGUCAGCUUUUGUGACACUGGAUAUUGAGCGGAAUGUGGUUCCAACUCCGAGGUUCAAGUCAUCCUCGUUCCAAGGAACUUUACAUGAAGGAUCUCGUGAAGUACAAUUUGCUGAGGGGGCAACGAUCGAGUUAGAGGACGAUAGUUUGUUGGCUGGUUUUGAAGUGAAGCUGACCGAGCACGAUCACGAACUGUUUGAAUUCACUCAGGACAGACUUCAGAUCAAGAUCUCACUGAAGACAGGAGUACUCGGAGAGGAUUUCAGGGACCGAACCUAUCUGCGAUUCAACGUUGUUGUGAAUAACCCCGGCGGUGAAACAGCCACGGCAAAUGUUUUGGUUGAUCUGAAGUGGAGCGAGACUCCCGCGAAUACUCCUCUGUUUGACAAGUUCUUCUACAGAGGUACCAUUGGAGUUGAUCUGCAAUUCAAACUGGAAGAAUCCAUCUUCAUCAGGCAAGAAACGUAUACGCCUGAUGUGUCAUAUGAAAUUGCUGAAUCUGAUAGCAACUUGCUGACGGUUGAGAAAGAUAAUCGAGAAGUUGUGGUCAAACUGGCUAAGGUAAUUACGGAGGAGGACUUGAAGGGACACGGAAGUCUACAUGUAACUAUCCGAGCGAUCAACGAAUUGGGAAACGAAAGUUUCUGCUUCCUCGUCAUUUCUGUAAUCGGUGAAGAUGGAGAACCUUGUACGACACCUACAAUUGACUGUUCCGAAUGCUACGACUGCUCCACUGGAGCACCAUUGGAAGACGUUCCCGUAUUCGAGUACGGAAACUAUCGAUUCUUCAUCAAAUCUGACACCGUGGGUCUGAUCGGUACUGUUAAGGCUACCGUAAAGGAUCCUUCGAUAAACCUGGAACAUCAAGCUGAAAUAAGCAACGAAUAUAUCAACUCUAGAAUAUCUUUUACUGCUGACGGUAUCCUACGAAUAAAUCAACCUCUGCUGCCCGGUCAGUACAGCUUCAAAGUCACGGCUUUGAACCCAGCUUCUCAGAAACAAUCCUCUGUGAACGUCCUGCUAGAUGUCACCCAGGAUCAGGAGUGCCCAGCGGACCCAGAAUCACCAAAGAUAACCACUGUUGAGAAGCUUCUUGUUAUCAAAUCACUUCAGGAAGAGUCCGCUCACCCCAACAUCUUCCCAUCCGAACUGGGUUCGUGUGAAUACGAAAUGAUCGAUGAGAAGCCCUAUCUUGGCUACAACUACUUCGAAAUCGAUCCCGACACACACUGGCUCACAGCGAAAGCUUUCGAUCGAGAGAACACCACCCUCUUCCAAGGGAUGACCAUACCACAGUUCCAAGUCCGGCUUCAUCUGGUUUGUCCGGAACAAACUCCUGCCAAGUCCCGUCGAUCUGCGCGAUCCUUGAUCGAAACAGACGACCUGAACUUCUCUCGGGAGGUCACAGUGGUUCAGGUGAUAGUGACGGACAUCAACGAUCACGAUCCUCAGUUUGUCGUUCCGCCACCUAUCGGCGGAUCUUUCAACAUUGGAUUUCCCGUAGCCACGAUCGCUUCGGGACUGAUGCUUUCCCGGUUGAUCACCGUGCAAGCGGAGGAUGCCGACGAGGGAUUGAACGCCAAGAUUCGAUACAUUUUGGGUGGCGUUCAGUCUCAUUUCGCGGUAGAGGCUGAAACGGGAGUGAUCUAUCCGCUGAAGGAAGCGAUGAAGGGAAGUUCCGUGGUUACUCUUAUGGUGAAAGCUACCGAUCGAGAUGGAUCCAGUGAUGGAAGGUCUGCGGAAGUUCAACUGAUCGUUCAUCGAUUGGGAGAGGAUGAACUGGUUGCUUUGACUGUUCCAGGGCAGAUGGAUAGUGAAGACAUGGUACGACAGAUCAAUACCAACGGAGAGGGAAUUCAACUGAAGGUGCUCACACAAGCAAGGGUUCCAGAAAUUGAUGGGGAUACUGACGAUAAGACAGCAAGACAAACCUCAUCCGAAGGCAGUCUUCUUCGAAUGAUUGUUUAUGCAUUCGACAACGCAAACCGAGUUCAAAGCUCGGAUAUCAUCAAGCGUGUGAUUGGAUCUUCGUCUGUUUCAACGAACAUCAGAGUAGAUUCUUUCAGUAACGUAGCAUGCUCCGAAUGUAGUGGACAGCAUUCGGAAGACGACGACAAUGUGGGACUCAUAGUGGCUACGUCCGUCUUGGGAGCGCUGUUUGUCAUCUCCGCCGGGUUGGCAGUUUUCCUAUACCUACGUUUUGUACGACCACUUAGCAGGUCCGUGGAAAACCCUUCGGAUGUGGUACAGCUGGAGAACGACUUUGAAGUAUCACCACCGCCCUCGCCACCGAUGCUGGGAGUGGGGAAACAAAAGGCGGUGGAUGAAUCCGACGUGGAAGAACGGAAGCCAUCCAUUCAAAUUUUGGGCGUCACAGAUCAAGAAUCGGAAGACACCAAAACGCCAUCGUCUCGCCUAGCCCAGUCCCUAGAGGAUCGCCUCGAACGGAUAGGCGAAUACGGUACCGUUUCCUCACGGGGCACCAUCGAAGACACGUCAUCCCUGUCGGCAGUCAACGAGCCCCGAAACGUCAAGUUCAACGAGAUGGUCGAGCGGAUAGAGGUCGUCGAGCACCAUCCAGAUGAUCAACAGCACCACCGGGUGGAUCUGGAGGAUGACGACUCCAUCUACAGUGAACGGCUGUAGCAUUGUUAAGUUUAUUCUAUCACAAUUUAAGGUAUAUUUUUUACAAAAUAAAACUAACUCCAGUACUAACGCUAGAAAACUUCAA